UUCCUCUGUAUGACCAUGAAUUUGACAAUGUCAGUGGUCAUUUACAAAAUACUAAAGGUUUUCCUUUUUUUUUUUCUCCAGGUUUAGCUCAUUAUUUACAAACUUGUGUGAGUUACAUGUACUUUCUCCCUUUAUCUCUCUGACUAGGAAGAGAUAUUGUAAACCUCUGAAAAUGGAUAUUCUCACAUGCUCAUCUUCAGAGAGAAAAGCCGGCAGUCACUGAAAGAAAGACUUGAAGUUCCUUUCUCUUUUUCAACGUCUUAAGAACAGGAAAUACAGACCACAGUCUUGGAAAGAAGAGCUACCCAUUGUCACCAAUGGGGAUAAGUGAUGCAGUGACUCUGGUCCCCGUCCGUGGCACUCUAGGUCCUCCAUCAUCUCAUGAAGCCCUUUCGUGGCUGAGCACACCCUCCUCUCAGCAGAAAUGAAGAUGAUUCUCAGGGUGGAGCCCUGAAUUACAAUGUCCUCCACUCUGGCAACAGAACAGAUGUCCUGAAGCAAUGACAAGACCCAGAGAGAACAAUGCUUUACUUGAGCUGGGUAUUUCUUUGGCUUAUCGCAGGAGGGAAAAUUAAAGGAUUUAACACUUCAGAUUGCUCCACUGGAAAGCUUCUUAGGACAUACUCUGCAAGGUGUGGGGAGGAGUUUGUCUUAUUUUGUGAUUUUCCAGAGCCACAGAAAUCCCAUUUCUACCACAGAAGUCAACUCUCACCAACGCAAAGCUCUGAACACCUGCCCUGCAGUGGUAGUAAGAACCUAUCUGAUGUCCAAUGGUACCUACAACCUCCAAACAGAGAUCCACUAGUAGAAAUUACACAAAACUAUCCUCACGUGAUCCAGGACAAGAGCACCCUUCAUUUCUUGACCACAGAGAUGAAUCAUGCUGGGUCAUACAUUUGUAGACCUAGGAUUAGGAGCCCCAAGGAUGAGGCCUGUUGUGUCAAGAUGAUCUUAGAAGUUAAACCCAAGACAAAUAUGUCCUGUGGGAGCUCCAUAUCGCAUGAACAACUCCUUCUUCUUGGUAGCAUGGACUCCAUUUAUUGCCCCGGUCUCAGCCACCAAAGUGAUACACAAAGUCCAGAGGUGACCUGGUACCAGAAUGGAAAACUACUCUCUGAAAAAAGGAGCAACCCAAUUAAAGUGGAUGACGUUUACGACCAUCACCAGGGCACAUACGUGUGUGAUCACACUCAAUCAGAUAAUUCAAGUUCAUGGACAGUCAGAGCUGUUGUUCGAGUGAAAACCAUCGUGAAGAACACGAAUCUCAAACCAGAUAUUCUGGAUCCCAUCAAGGACACCCUGGAAGUGGAACUUGGAAAGCCUUUAACUCUUAACUGCACGGCCCGAUUUGGCUUCGAAAUAAACUUUAAGCCUGUGAUACGAUGGUACGUCAAAGAUUCUGACCAGGAGUGGGAAGUCCCAACACCUGAGGGGAGAAGUGUUAAAUCCACCUUAAAGAAUGAAGUCAUCGAGCGUGUUGUCUUCCUGAAGGAAGUUACUCAGAGCGAUCUUCGCAGGAAGUUCAUUUGCUUUGCCCAGAACUCCAUUGGGAACACUACCCAGUCCAUCCAACUGAAAGAGAAGAAAGGAGUGGUGUUCCUCUACAUCCUCCUUGGCACCGUCAUGGCCCUGGCAGGUGUGCUGACCACAGGUGCGCUCUUCUACAUGUACUGGAUUGAAAUAGUGCUGCUGUACCGAACCUACCAAAACAAGGAUGAGACCCUCGGGGAUAAAAAGGAGUUCGAUGCUUUCAUAUCCUAUGGGAAAUGGAACUCUCUUGAGAGUGAGGCCACUUCGUCUCUGAGUGAGGAAAACUUGGCUCUGAGUCUAUUCCCUGAAGUUUUGGAAAACAAAUAUGGAUACACCUUGUGUUUGCUUGAAAGAGACAUGGCCCCAGGAGGAGUGUAUGCAGAAGACAUUGUGAGCGUUAUUAAGAAAAGUAGAAGAGGAAUAUUUAUCUUGAGCCCUAGCUACGUCAGCGGACCCAGUGUCUUUGAACUACAAGCAGCAGUGAACAUUGCCUUGGAGGAUCAAACACUGAAACUGAUUUUAAUUAAGUUCUCUUCCUUCCAAGAGCCGGAGUCUCUACCUCAUCUAGUGAAAAAAGCUCUCAGGGUUUUGCCCACGGUCACCUGGAGAGGCUUCAAAUCAGUUCCUCCCAAUUCCAGAUUCUGGACCCAAAUACGCUACCACAUGCCCGUGAAAAGCUCUAAAGGAUUCACGUGGAAUCAUCUCAGAAUUAGCCCAAGGAUUUUUUCUCUAGAAAAGACUCAGUAAAACAGAAACCGCUGGGAGGCGCUCCCAGCCUAAAGGACGGUGAAAUGGGCCCUGAGCUGCCUCCUCCUACACUCCUCCCGUCCUGUCCCUGGUGAGUGGAGAGAGACCCUGAUGGACAGAGCACACAGCGUGGAUCAGGCUGAUAUAGAAUGGGAAGCGUUCUGCCAGCCCUGAGCGAGUGUGGCGGGCACUGGAAUGACACGAAAACUAUUGUGGGAGCCUCAGAUUUCCUGGGCUAGACAGAGGGAGAGCGAAUUCAGCCCACACGACCCCUAAGAUUUUCCUAGUAGUCUCAGCGGAAUCAGCAGUUACAGCCACUUGGCUUUGUGGCUAUGGACUUGUCAUGUCUUCUAUGUAUUGUUCACAUCACUUUAUAGAUCUUUGCAGUCAAAUAAAUAUUAUUUUAUUAGAAACAAGUGA